AUGAGGGAGGGCGGUGAGGGGAAGAAGAGGGAGGGCGGUGAGGGGAAGAUGAGGGUGGGCGGUGAGGGGAAGAAGAGGGAGGGCGGUGAGGGGAAGAAGAGGGAGGGCGGUGAGGGGAAGAUGAGGGAGGGCGGUGAGGGGAAGAUGAGGGAGGGCGGUGAGGGGAAGAUGAGGGAGGGCGGUGAGGGGAAGAUGAGGGCGAGGGAGGGCGGUGAGGGGAAGAUGAGGGAGGGCGGUGAGGGGAAGAUGAGGGAGGGCGGUGAGGGGAAGAUGAGGGAGGGCGAUGAGGGCGGUGAGGGGAAGAUGAGGGAGGGCGGUGAGGGGAAGAUGAGGGAGGGAGGUGAGGGGAAGAAGAGGGAGGGCGGUGAGGGGAAGAUGAGGGAGGGCGGUGAGGGGAAGAUGAGGGCGGGCGGUGAGGGGAAGAUGAGGGAGGGCGGUGAGGGGAAGAUGAGGGAGGGCGGUGAGGGGAAGAUGAGGGAGGGCGGUGAGGGGAAGAAGAGGGAGGGCGGUGAGGGGAAGAAGAGGGAGGGCGGUGAGGGGAAGAUGAGGGAGGGCGGUGAGGGGAAGAUGAGGGAGGGCGGUGAGGGGAAGAAGAGGGAGGGCGGUGAGGGGAAGAAGAGGGAGGGCGGUGAGGGGAAGAUGAGGGAGGGCGGUGAGGGGAAGAUGAGGGCGGGCGGUGAGGGGAAGAAGAGGGAGGGCGGUGAGGGGAAGAUGAGGGUGGGCGGUGAGGGGAAGAAGAGGGAGGGCGGUGAGGGGAAGAAGAGGGAGGGCGGUGAGGGGAAGAUGAGGGAGGGCGGUGAGGGGAAGAUGAGGGAGGGCGGUGAGGGGAAGAUGAGGGAGGGCGGUGAGGGGAAGAUGAGGGCGAGGGAGGGCGGUGAGGGGAAGAUGAGGGAGGGCGGUGAGGGGAAGAUGAGGGAGGGCGGUGAGGGGAAGAUGAGGGAGGGCGAUGAGGGCGGUGAGGGGAAGAUGAGGGAGGGCGGUGAGGGGAAGAUGAGGGAGGGCGGUGAGGGGAAGAUGAGGGAGGGCGGUGAGGGGAAGAAGAGGGAGGGCGGUGAGGGGAAGAAGAGGGAGGAGGGCGGUGAGGGGAAGAUGAGGGAGGGCGGUGAGGGGAAGAAGAGGGAGGGCGGUGAGGGGAAGAAGAGGGAGGGCGGUGAGGGGAAGAAGAGGGAGGGAGGUGAGGGGAAGAAGAGGGAGGGCGGUGAGGGGAAGAAGAGGGAGGGCGGUGAGGGGAAGAAGAGGGAGGGCGGUGAGGGGAAGAUGAGGGAGGGCGGUGAGGGGAAGAUGAGGGCGGGCGGUGAGGGGAAGAUGAGGGAGGGCGGUGAGGGGAAGAUGAGGGAGGGCGGUGAGGGGAAGAAGAGGGAGGGCGGUGAGGGGAAGAAGAGGGAGGGCGGUGAGGGGAAGAUGAGGGCGGGCGGUGAGGGGAAGAUGAGGGAGGGCGGUGAGGGGAAGAAGAGGGAGGGCGGUGAGGGGAAGAAGAGGGAGGGCGGUGAGGGGAAGAUGAGGGAGGGCGGUGAGGGGAAGAUGAGGGCGGGCGGUGAGGGGAAGAUGAGGGAGGGCGGUGAGGGGAAGAUGAGGGAGGGCGGUGAGGGGAAGAAGAGGGAGGGCGGUGAGGGGAAGAAGAGGGAGGGCGGUGAGGGGAAGAUGAGGGCGGGCGGUGAGGGGAAGAUGAGGGAGGGCGGUGAGGGGAAGAUGAGGGAGGGAGGUGAGGGGAAGAAGAGGGAGGGCGGUGAGGGGAAGAAGAGGGAGGGCGGUGAGGGGAAGAAGAGGGAGGGCGGUGAGGGGAAGAUGAGGGAGGGCGGUGAGGGGAAGAUGAGGGCGGUGAGGGGAAGAUGA